AGGGGUUGGAUGUUGGAAAGUCCUGUUCCCAUGGAAUGUCACAGCCAGAACACCCCGUAGAUGUCCCAGCUGCUCCUGGGCUUGCUGCAGCCUGAAGAUGAUCCAUUUUCCAUCCUGUUGAGCACAUGUUGUUACUUGUGCUUCUUCGCUGGUCUCUGCCUCACCACAUCAAAAUUAACAUUCCACCCUCUCUGGCUUCCCUGUGCCUGGCACUGCUUGGUCUCUCCGGAGGUGGUGACUCUCACAGCUGGCUGGGGCUCUGGGAUCACUUCCCUGCCUGCCCUCCUUCGUGGGAGAUCCCCCGCCUGCCUCUGAACGCUGCAUUAUCCUCCUCCAAAUCCCUCUUUGGCCAUGACGUCUGCAGAGCACUUGACUGAGAUUAGUCUGUCAUGUGGAGGUUCUUACUCCCCCACUGACCUGUGCUUUCCCUCCUGUGGCUGCUCUUGCCUUGGGUCUGUUCCCUGCGUGUGCAGCUGGCGGCAGCACGGGCUCUGCUCCUGAGACCAGACUGCUGGGGAACAUGGGACACCAGAGGUUCCUUGUUCUGCUGCUCAGGCACUCACUUCUCCAUCACAGCUUUCUUGCCUGUGCACUGCCCUCCCCAAAACUGUCUCUGACACCUCCUCCAUUUCCCUGAUCAGGGUUUUUAACUGAAUCUUCAUUAAUAUUAUUUUGUGAGGUAUCAAUAAAGCUAAAGAUUUUUUGCCUUGUCGGUCUAGCAUCCAGCUGUGGAGCUGUGAGGCCACCAGGAUCAGAGUUCUCUUGAAGCACUGCCCUUCAGGUCCUGCCUGGAGUGCCCUUUAGUGCCUAUUUUUUAUUGAAAGCAAUAAUUGAUGCUUUUAUGCCGGGCAGGCAGCUGCACAGUGCCCUGAGUGUGAUCCCAGUGUUGUCCCUCAGGCCUUUGUACCCUUGGCCCUGGUGAUGUGUGUUUCCUUCAUACCGCCCUGCUUGAAUUUCCUGCUUCCUCCCCACUUGGCAGCCAGUGUCCUUGGAUCAACACCAGUUUGCUGUGACAGCAAGUUGUGGACCGUGGUUCAAACAAGAGAACAGCAAGGAGCAGUGCUGCCUUGCCACAGCAUUCAGCACCAGUGAAGCACAACUGGAACAGCCUCCAGCCCUGCUGCCAGGUCUCCAGGAGGAAACUGCAGCUUUGGCAAGGGGCUCAGAAUCAGUUUUUGAGCAGCAUCAGUUAAGAAGCUGAGAAAAUAACGGUGGUGCUGGGAUGCAGUUGAAGUCAGGCAUUUCUCAGUAUUGAGAUGGCUCAGUGGUGGUGGCUGAGGUGUCAAGGGUUGUUUUUCCAGUAAUUUGGACCUUUUUGAAGCACGUGCUUGCCUAAUGCCAUGAAUAUUGCAGUGAACAAUGAGGAAGAAAAAGCUGUCCAUUCCUGGUCAAGAAUUUCCUCUGCAGGACAGAAGGUGCUGGAGGAAGCCCUCCGAGUCUUCAACCCGAUGUCCAAGGAUCUUUCGGACACGGAGACCCAGCUGGUGGCCUUCAUCCAAGGCCUGAAGGAGGAGGGCUACCAGCCCACGAUCCUGAGGAGCAAGGAUGUGUAUGGGUACAGCUCGUGCACGGCAGUCACUCCGAGCCAGACGGACGGAAACACGCAGCGCAGCUGCGCCAGCACCGCUCAGCCCACUCAGAGUCCAGCCAGGAACUCGCUGGCAAAAGUGGCCCCUUUGCCCACCAGCACUGCAGUGAGCUCUUUGAAAGUCUCCAGUCAGCCAGUCUCCAAAGGGGAUUCCAGAAAUCUCCUCUUGAGCUCCUUGAAGCAGACAGGAUCUGGCACAUCCAAGGCAGCGACAGUGGGCUUCCCUACAAGCAUGUAUCCUGAUGUGUAUCCAGCUAUGAGACUGUCAGUGGUUCUGGAAGCCCUGGUGCCACUGAAAACUGCAACGUCCUGUUUGGAGUCCAAGUGCACGCAGGGGCGUCUUGGGAUCUCUCCCUCAGACCUUAAACUCCUCAAGACUUCAAAUUCAUCAAGGCAGUUUUCUUCAGGCAAGAGUACUAAAAUAACCAAAGGCAAGGGGUACAAGCGUUUGGUUAAGAAAGCACCCAGUUCUGCCAGCCGUGCUUUAAAGCUUCUGAGGGGACCAAAGGGUGGAGUGCUGCAGGAGAGCAACGCCUGCAAAGCCUCUGGAGUUCUCAAUGGGAGAGUCGCAGGCAGCUCAUCCCAGGACUGCACCACAGCACCACAGCCCAAGACCUUGAAAAUCAAAGAUAAGGAAGUUCUGGUGGGAAAAACAGAGUGGAAGGACAGCAGCACUUGCCAGGAGGGCGCUGGGCAGAAGAAGAGAAGAGCUACAGAGGCAAAAGAAGCACCACAGAGGAAAAAAGCAAAUACCAUUCCUGUCCGAAAGAAAACUCGACUGGCUCAGAGUGCUUUGAACCUGCUGAAAUUCAGGACCAUCAAGGCAGAUCCCGUGGCUGCCCAUGGACCUCUUGGUGCUUGCUUUCCUCCUGGCUGCUACCCAGCCACUGGGAACCUGCUGGUGGGGCGAGCCACCCGCCUGAGUGCCACCUCCACCUGUGGGCUGGACGGGCCCCAGGAGUACUGCAUCGUCAGCCACCUCCAGGACUCAGAGAAAUGUUUCACCUGUGACUCACGUGACCCGUCCCUGCCUGAGAGCCACCGCAUCGAGAAUGUCAUUUACCUGAGCAGCCCCCAUGACAAACGGACCUGGUGGCAGUCGGAGAAUGGUGUGGAGCAUGUCAGCAUCCGCCUGGACCUGGAGGGCGAGUUCCACUUCACCCACCUGAUCAUGAAGUUUAAAACCUUCCGCCCCGCGGCCAUGCUGGUGGAGCGCUCAGCCGACUUUGGGCGCACCUGGAAAGUGUACCGCUACUUCGCCUACAACUGCUCCAAGCUCUUCCCGGGAAUCCCCAGCCACGCCCUGGGGCUUGUGGAUGAGGUGCUGUGUGACCAGCGCUACUCUGAGAUCGAGCCGUCCAGCCAUGGGGAGGUCAUCUUCAAGGUGCUGGACCCCUCCAUCCCCGUAGCAGAUCCCUACAGCCCAGCCAUACAGGACCUGCUUCGUGUCACCAACCUGCGGGUGAACCUCACCAAGCUGCACACGCUGGGGGACAACCUGCUGGACUCACGGCGGGAGGUGCUGCACAAGUACUACUACGCUGUGGAUGAGCUGGUGCUGCGCGGGAGCUGCUUCUGCCACGGCCACGCUGCCCACUGUGCCCCAGCACCGGGUGCCCCGACACCCUCUGUCCCCGGCAUGAUCCACGGGCGCUGUGUCUGCGAGCACCACACGCAGGGGCUGAACUGCGAGCGCUGCGAGGAUUUCUACCAAGACCUGCCCUGGCGCCCAGCCGAGGGCUCCAGCACCAACGCCUGUCGCCGCUGUGACUGCAACGAGCACUCACGGCGGUGCCACUUUGACAUGGCCGUGUUCCUGGCCACGGGGAACACCAGUGGGGCUGUGUGUGAUGACUGCCAGCACAACACCAUGGGCCGUCGCUGUCACCUCUGCAAGCCCUUCUACUACCGGCACCCUCGCUCCGACAUCCGGUCCCCCACUGCCUGUGCCCCGUGUGACUGUGACCCAGCAGGCUCGCUGGACGGAGGUGCCUGUGAUGGGCACACGGACGUGGCACUGGGCAUGAUUGCGGGGCAGUGCCGCUGCAAGGAGAACGUGGCUGGUCCCCGCUGCGACCGCUGCCGCCACGGCGCCUAUGGCCUCAGCCAUGACGACCCACAGGGCUGUCAGCCAUGCAGGUGUGACCCACGGGGUACGGUGGCAGGCAGCUCCCCGUGUGACCCCAUCAGUGGGGACUGCUACUGCAAACGCUUCGUGGCUGGGCGCUCCUGCAGCCAGUGUGUGCCCGAGUUCUGGGGUCUGAGCUACGACCUGGGGGGCUGCCGGCCCUGCGCCUGCGACUUCGGGGGAGCCUACAACAACCGGUGCUCCAUGGAGGAUGGGGCAUGUCCCUGCCGUCCCCACAUCAUGGGGCGGCAGUGUGACCAGGUGCAACCCGGCUUCUUCUGUGCCCCCCUCGACUACUACACCUAUGAGGCCGAGCAGGCCACCGGCCAUGGCCACAGCCACCCUCAGCUCCCGGGUGCCAUUCGGGCGGAGGUGCCCCAGGACUGCCUGGACUAUGACACCAGGGAGCCGGCGGGGCGGAAGGGACGCUCACGGCGUCAGCGCAGCCCCCCCCGUGCUCCCCAGCCCCCCGUCCCCCCGCGCCGCAGCCGCCAGCAGCCCCCCAAGCUGGAUGUGGAGGAGGUGGUGCGGGACAGCGCCGGGCGCAUGGUGACGUGGACAGGCCUGGGGUUCGCCCGCGUGCGGGACGGGGCUGGCCUGACCUUCCGCGUGGACAACGUGCCCUACGCCAUGGACUACGAGCUGCUGCUGCGCUAUGAGCCCGAGUCAGCCGAGGACUGGGAGGCCGUGGUCAGCGUCAGCUCCCGGGUGCUGCCCACCAGCUCUCGCUGUGGGAACCUGCUGCCCUCCGAGCAGAUGUACCGCCAGAGCCUGCCCCACAGCCAGAGGUACGUGCUGCUGUCCCGGCCCUUCUGCUUCGAGCCCAGCACCCCUUAUGAGGUGACCAUGCGGCUUCAGCGGGCCGGUGUCACCCAGCGCCACCCUGGUGCCUUCAUCCUCAUUGACUCGCUGGUGCUGCUGCCACGGGUGUCAGAGCUGCCAGGGUUCCACGGGGCAGAGGCAGCAGCGCGCCAGGAGGAGCUGGAGCGGUACCAGUGCCUGGAGGUGUUUCGCAUGGCCCCCCCUCAUCCCCUGGCCGAGGCCUGUGCCCGCCUGGUGUGCAGCGUGUCAGCUCUGAUGCACGGCGGGGCGCUGCCCUGCCAGUGCGACCCACAGGGCUCCCGCAGCAGCGAGUGCCAGGUGCAAGGCGGGCAGUGUGAGUGCAAGCCCCACGUCACUGGCCGACGCUGCGACCACUGCGCCCCGGGCAGCUUCGGCUUUGGGCCCCUGGGAUGCAGCCCCUGCAGCUGCUCCCCCGAGGGCUCGGUGUCCCAGCUGUGCGACAAGGUGAGCGGGCAGUGCCGGUGCCAGCCCGGCACCGUGGGCCGGCAGUGUGACCAGUGCCAGCCCGGCCACUGGGGCUUCCCUGCCUGCCGGCCCUGCCAGUGCAACGGGCAUGCCGAGGAGUGCGACCCCCGCACGGGCACCUGCCUGCGCUGCCGUGACCACACGAGCGGGCGGCACUGCGAGAGGUGCCAGGACGGUUACUAUGGGAACCCUGUGCUGGGCUCGGGGCAGCAGUGCCGGCCCUGCCCCUGCCCCGGCUACCCUGGCACUCGGCAUUACCACGGCAGCGCCUGCCACGCGGACGAUGAGACACACCACAUCGUCUGCCUCUGCGCCCCCGGAUACGCGGGGCCCCGCUGUGACCGCUGCUCCCCUGGCUACUUCGGGGCUCCGGAGAUUGAGGGGGGGGAGUGCCGACCCUGCCAGUGCAACAACAACAUCGACACCAGCGACCCAGAGGGCUGCGACCCCCGCACGGGACAGUGCCUGCGCUGCCUGUACCACACCGCUGGGCCACGCUGUGCCCAGUGUCAGCCGGGCUACUACGGCAAUGCCCUGCAGCGCAGCUGCCGGCGCUGUGGCUGUGACCCACGGGGUACUCUGGCCUCCCACUGCACCGAUGGCACCUGCGAUUGUGACCGUGGCACAGGAGCCUGUGCCUGCCGGCCCAACGUCGUGGGCAAGAGCUGUGAUCGCUGCGCACCCCACUUCUGGAACCUGGGGGGGCCAAGGGGCUGUGAGCCUUGUGACUGCCACCCCACGCACGCCCUGCACCCUGCCUGUGACACAGUGACAGGGCAGUGCCAGUGCCGGCCUGGCUUCGGGGGCCGUGUCUGUUCCCAGUGCCAGGAGCACCACUGGGGAGACCCUGAGCAGGAGUGCCGAGCCUGUGAGUGUGAGCCGCUGGGUGCCGAGAGCCCGCAGUGCCAGCAGGACAACGGGCAGUGCCGCUGCCGGCGGGGAUUCGGGGGGCUGCGCUGCGACCGCUGCCAGCGGGGCUACCAGGAGCCCUUCCCCCACUGCUCGCCCUGCCACCCUUGCUUUGGGCGCUGGGACCUGGCCGUGGGCAGCCUGCGGGAAGGGCUGCAGCGCCUUGGGGCACAGGUGCAGGCACUGAGGGAGGGGGGCUCCGCACUCCCACUCAGCCCCCGUCGCCUGCGGGAGCUGGAGGAGGCUCUGGGGCACGUGGAACAGCUGCUGGGAGAGGGGGACAGCCCUCGUGGUCCCCUCCUCGAUGGACUGCCCAGGCAGCUGGAUGGCACCAGGAUGGAGCUGGACAACUUCUGGAAGCACCUCCAACAGUUGGAGCAACAUCUAGACCGGCUGGCGCAGGCGGAUGCGCAGCACCAUGACCGGCUAGCUGAGCUGAGCCGCGAGCUGGGAGGUCUCAACCGAACCACCUCUCACCUGCAGAUCCUCCUCGGCACUGUGGCGGCAGCCGGAUUCAGCGAGUCCUACCGCAGCAUCCUGGCAUCGACGGAGGCCUCGCGGCAGGCGGAGGUGGUGGCCAAUGGCACAGCUGGCGAGCUCAGCAGGGCGCAGAUGACGCAGCGGGCGGCCGAGCGGGCGCUGCAGCAGCGGGGCGACACUUUCCGCCGUGGCACGGCCGCAGCCCGGAAAUCCUUGCGGGAGACACAGAAACGGGUGAUGGGACUCAGCAUUGCCAGGAUCAAUGAGAAGAUUUGUGGGGCACCCGGAGACCGGAGCUGCAAGCACGCGUCUUGCGGAGGAGCCUUGUGCCGAGACAGCGCGGGGACAAGGCACUGCGGUGGCACUGGGUGUGCAGGGGCACUGCCUGUCUCAGCUCGAGCCCUCAGCAGUGCUCAUAAUGCCUCACAGCAGCUGGAGGUGGCAUUAGGGCAGCUGGGUGUUGUGGCACAGAAGAUGCAGGAGGUGCAGGAGCUGGCACGGGGGGCACGCAGCAGGGCAGAGGAGGCGCUGGGGCGCUCUCAGGCCGCCCGCAGCCGUGCGGAGAAGGCAACGGCCCAGCUGCGGGACUUCAUCCGCCGAAUCAAGGCCUUCCUGGCAGAGGAGGGAGCUGACCCAGGCAGCAUCGAGCUGGUGGCCCGGCAGGUGCUGAACAUCUCCCUGCCCAGCAGCCCUGGACAGAUCCAGGAGCUGCUGCUGGAGAUGCGGGACAGCAUCAGCCAGCUGGAGGGGGUGGACGCAGUUCUCAACAGCACAGCAGAGGGGCUGGCUGUGGCACGGGAUCUGCUGGCACAGGGACAGGAGGCCAGGGAGCGAGCAGAAGGCAUAAGGGACGAGCUGGUGGGGACACAGCAGGCACUGGAGGUGGCGCGGACACAGGCGAUGACAGCAGGGAGCACCCUGCAGAGGGCCAGGGAUGCCAUCCAGGUGGCUGAGAACAGAGCCAAGGAGGCGGAGCGCAGGCUGCAGGUGCUGGACAGGAAGGAGUCGCAGGCGCAGAGGCGGCUGCAGGAGCUGGCACGGCGCAUCGCCACCCUGCAGGAGCAGGGCCAGGGUGCUCACCACACGGCCCAGCAAGCCAAGGAUGGGGCACAGCGUGCCACCACCACCUCGGGGACGCUGAGCCAGGACCUGGCCCAAGUAACGCAGCGUUACGUGGUGCUGAAGAACAGGGUGGGCAUACUGGACAGGGUGUCUGGUGGGACCCUGCAGCGCGUGUCACAGCUGAUGGCAGAGGUCCAAGACCUCCUGGAUAAGGCCAGCAACAGCAAAAGAAAGCUGGAAGACCUGGAGCAGCGCUUUGGGGCCAAUGAACGGACGAUGGCGGCAAAGGUGACACGGCUGCAGGCUCUGGAGCAGCAGGUCACCGGGCUGUUGCAGGAGAUCCGGGAGAGGGCCAACGCUUACGCCACCUGCUAGGGACCACUGGCGGGACCGGGGGCCGGUCCUGCCCCGCCGCCCCGCAGGUCGCCGAGCCCGGGAGUCCCGUCCACUCUGCAGGUGCCUUUAGUGCGGGCGCGCCUGCAAAUAAAGCCCUAAACUGUG